AUGAACUCUUUAGAUCCGCAAUAUAAUCAGCAGUUAAAGAAGAUAAGUGAAGACAAAGAGGUUAUAUUCACCACCAUUGGCUUCAUAAUUUUAAUAAUGAUACAUCGACUUUACGGAGCAGACUGGACAUAUGGUGACUAUCGUCUUCUACAGCUAGCCACUUUGAUUAUCAUGGAUUUGUAUGUCUUCGAAUUAUUAUAUCGUCCAGAAGCGAAAAUUCUACUAGUCAUUCAUCGUCUUUUGAUUAUCGGAGUCACGCUUUUCGGAUAUUAUGUCUUAAAUGUAACUGAAAGAAUGAAUUCAUCGGCUGAAAGCAUUGUGUUGCUGUUACAAGUCACAACAGAUAAAAUGACUUCUAUUGACCUUCUUUUCAACGAAAUAACGCCAACGUGGGUACAGAAACUCACUAUUUUUCAGGAAAUGCUAACCAAAAUUGGAACACUUGCAUGGUGUUAUUUUAUGUGGGAGAAAGAUACAAUAGGAGAUUAUGAUAACUCAAAAAUCGAAAAGGCGUGGAGCAUUAUUUUCCCAAGCUGCGUGUUUAUUCUUAUUCUCACACAAGCGUGGAGUGAAUUUCUGAAAAAUCAACAGGAAAAAGAUUGCAAAAAAGAUUGCAAGAAAGAAGAAGCCUUGACUAUUGUAAUUGAGAUGCCUGGUAAAAAUUAG